AUGGACUGGCCGCACAGCCUGGUGUUCCUUCUUACCAUCUCCAUCUUCCUGGGGCUGGGCCAGCCCAGGAACCCCAAAGGCAAGAGGAAGGGGCCCUGGCGGCCUGGGCCUCAGCAGGUGCCACAGGACCUGGUGUCGCGGGCAAAGCCGUUCGCCCGUAUGGAGGAGUACGAGAGGAACCUUGGGGAGAUGGUGGCCCAGCUGCGAAACAGCUCUGAGCCAGCCAAGAGGAAAUGUGAGGUCAACCUGCAGCUGUGGCUGUCCAACAAGAGGAGUCUAUCUCCCUGGGGCUACAGCAUCAACCACGACCCCAAUCGCAUUCCCGCAGACCUGCCGGAGGCCCAGUGCCUGUGUCUGGGCUGCGUGAACCCCUUCACCAUGCAGGAGGACCGCAGCAUGGUGAGUGUGCCCGUGUUCAGCCAGGUUCCCGUGCGCCGCCGCCUCUGCCCACCGCCGCCACGCACCGGGCCCUGCCGCCAGCGCGCUGUCAUGGAGACCAUCGCCGUGGGCUGCACCUGCAUCUUCUGA